CUUUAAACCGGUUUCCCAGUGACCAACUCUGAUCUUUUAAAAUGCUGCAGAACGCCAUGGGAGACAAAUGGUUACCAGGAACUAGAAUUAUAAAAAUAGCCAGAGGGUCUGCAGUAGGAUUGUUGUUAACAAGCCGGAAUCACAAAGAUUUAAAGCGGAAAACUGUCUCUGCUCUGUAAAACGGAAAAUAAAAAACAUUACGAUUUCCUUUUGAAAAUUAACUUUUUGUUAGCUAUCAGAUUAUGCAUAAAUCACAGUUCCACUUCAAUGUUGUAUUCAGUGAACGUCUGCUACAAGCUUGGUCACAUUGUGUCACAGAGGACUCGCAGUUAAUGUACAGCGAGGCAGAGCUUCCUCACACAGAGCAUGCUGGGAAGUUGAACACUCGUACACAAACACACACACCAGCCUUUGGAUAAGCUGCUCCUGUAAGGUAAUACAAGGUCGUGAGUGGCAAUACUCAAAGCAUGUGCCUGUUUUUAAUAAUUAGAUUAAUUUGGCACCUGCAGGAAAGCUGUCAUAUAAGUAAUGAAUUUCCUUUUUAUUGCUAUUAAAGUGCACUUUAUUUACGUUGCUUACUAGUUUUUAGGUAACCUUACUAUUCUUUGCAUAUGUUUAUUGAUUUUUUUUCUUUUUCCAAGGGCCCGUUUCAGUUAAAGGGAUCCUAUAGUACCAGGAAAACAAACACGUUUUCCUGUCUCUAAAGGCUCCAAGAGUGCCCCCCCUCACUCGGGGGCCCCCUCCUGCAAGGCUGAUGGGGUUAAAACCCCUUCAGCCACUUACCUGAAUCCAGCGCCGAUGUCCCUCAGCGCUGGGUCAGGCUCUGCUCACGCUCCAAUGGCCGCGCGUGCAUUAGACCGCCUCAUAGGAAAGCAUUAUUCAAUGCUUUCCUAUGGGUAAAAUCUAAUGCUGGAGGUCCGUGAGGACGUCCAGCGUCAGAUAAAGGACCAAAAGUCUGUUUGGAUUCCGGAAACCCUCUAGUGGCUGUCUGUUAGACAUCCACAGAGGGCAGACUUAGAGCUGCAAUGUGCCAAAGGGUCACAGCACCGAGACCACUUCAAUUAGCGUUAAAGGUGACUGCAUAGCUGUAGAAAACCCACACCCCUAAGGGCUGUGGUGAUAAUUAAUAAAAUCUUUCUGCAGAUGCUUUUCAAAAGCAUCUGCAUAGGAAUCAAAGAAAAUCUAGUAGGGCAGCCUUUCAUAAUAAUCCCAGCCCGUUCUAGGGAUCAUACAUUAAAGGGUCACUCCACUGCCCAAAUAUAAAUGUAAGUAGAUAUACCCCAGAUGAAAAUAUGCAUGAGUUUGAUUAUGUUUUUUUUUUCUCCAUUGUGGAUAUGUCAAAAAACAGCUUACACAAGUUACAGAUCUCUUGUCUGUUGUUUUUGCACCCACCCCUCCCCCCAGACUUUCUGUGGCUGUCCAAUCACAGUCUUCCCAAUGCAGCUCAAUGAGAAGUCUUUGUAAUGCAGGUGCUCUGAGCAAUUGCUGCCUCUUGAGUUUAGACCCAUUGAGCUAAACAAACCAGGAACUAACAGGACCUGUUGUCUGCUUGAAAUCCAUUCUAAUAAAAUCUGCACUUUUUUUAAAUUAAAAAAAGACACACUUAAAGCACCUCAACAAGCCAAUGCCAUUUAUUGAUUUAGGGGUCCAGGGUGUCCCUUUAAACCAAAGACAAGUUAUAUAUGUAUCAUUAGUGAUUCUAUUAGUAGAAUUAAAUAAACUAUUUUAACAUGUUUCACUGUUUAUGUGUAUAUAUAUAUAGAGAGAGAGAGAAAUAGUGAAAAGAGGCUUGCACUCACAGUCUUUCUCCUUUGUGGAAUUUCUUUCUUUAUUCCAUUUCUUGUUAAAACAUAAUCAUAAUCAACGUUUCAGCCAUCGUUUGUGGCUUUCAUCAGGAUCAGUUUUUUUUUGCUGAGCUGAUCCUGAUGAAAGCCACAAACGAUGGCUGAAACGUUGAUUAUGAUUAUGUUUUAACAAGAAAUGGAAUAAAGAAAGACUGUGAAUGCAAGUCUCUUUUCAUUAUCUCUAUUAUAAUUUUUGGCUGUGGCUAGAAUGCACCCAGCAUUUGGAAGAACCUGUGCAAGGACAAAAAGGAUUAUUUAUAUAUAGAGAGAGAGAAAACACCAUGGUGGGGAAAAAUUGUGAUUGAAAACCCCUUCCAUCUGAAGUCUGUGGAUAGUUAAUACAAUGUUAAACAAAAAUCUGCACACCAGUCAAGCCAUAAGACUUGCUUGACUGCUGACCCCAAAUACCAAAACCGUUACCCCCAAUAACGACAUGACACCUGAUUGUUGUGUAAGGGCAACGGCCACAGCUUUAUUAAACUUUUACACAGCCAGCAUUUCCACCUGUCAGCUGUUGGGGUGACUACCCAACAGACAGAUACUCCAAGUCUUUAUCCAGAGUUCGUACAGCCUGCCUUCGGCCAUCAGCCCUAGCAGGCUGCGACUCCCCAAAUCCUUUCCGUGCAUUACGUGCGCUGGCCAGGAACUCCGCCAUAGCUGUGACAAAACAAGAACAGAAACAAACGCCAAACCAUUACAGAGCAUGGGAAAUUUUGGGGGGAGGGCGGGCGGGAAACUGUUCCAGACUGCUCCUUCUGCACUGGUGAGUCCCACGCCCCUGCUCUCCCUCUUAUAUCCCACUAUAUAGGCAACAUUGUAUCUUUUAUAUUCCCACCCCUUACUGCAGGGCAGCAGUCAUGCCUCCCCUUCCUUGCAGUCCAGGGGAUAUCUUUCUGUUGGAAAAGCAAGUCUUAUGGCUUUACUGGUAUAUACUGGUAUAUAUCUUAAAAGCUACACCAGAUUUUCUGUUGGGGAUAUUUCCCUCUAUAUCGUUCCUCACAUCCUUUUCCUAUUACCAUGCCCAGUAAAAAAAAAAAAAAAAAUGAAACACAACUAGCACUAUAAUCACUACAGCUUGCUUUAGUGGUUAUGGUGUCUGCAGUACCCUUGCACCCGCCCUGCCCAUUUGUAAGUAGCUGAGCUAGCUCAUUGGCUUGGAAUAUCAGCUGAUCUCUCUUGGCCAAUGAGCUAGACAGACAGAGAUCUUUUGGAGCCCCAUCAGCAGUAGUGGAGGCAGAGAACAGCAUCUGGCAGACACCAAGUAAGAAGUCAAAUCACUCUAAGUCAAAUACCUCUAAAACUAAUUGACAACUUGCAAUUAGGGUUGACACUAGUGUACUCCUAUAACCAUAACCACUACAAUGAGCUUUGAAAAAUAAGACAUUUAGCAAUCCAUGCUAUCAUCUCAACCUGGUUGUUAAAGAGAAAUCUUGCUCUGAAGAUGGCAACUCCUGCUUCCUCAGCCCAAUAAAUGUGAUUGAAGUAUUUAAAAUGGAAAGGAGUGCUUUGGAGGGCACUAUAAAACACACAUACCUCCAAAGUGUAUAUAGUGUACCACUGUUGUAGUUUGUACUUGCAGUUACAUGUAGUAAUUAAUAAUCUGGCUGUUAGGAUCUGAUUGGCAAAAUUCUAAAUUGUAUACCACAAAUUUUUCUUGUGCCCUCCCACUCCUUCCCCAUGCAUGCCACACCUAGGUGUAAAUUCCUUGAAAUAACGGGGUAUCUCUACUCCUCUUUAGGCCCAAUUCCCAAACCAUCCAUGCAACAAGCCUCUUCAAUUCUACUCGGCUCAGCCCACCCACCCUGGUUCCUCCUAACUAUAUAGCUUGCUCUUCUAGCUGUUUGGAAUCACAGUCAAUCACCUUAGCAUCACAUGAUCAGUUGCUGCCACAUAUAUGAUUAAUUCUCUCUGCCAUCACCUUCAAAUCCCUCUGCAACCUCUUGUCUCAUCUCCCCAUUUUAACCUUUUAGAUUGUAAGCUCAAGGGUAGAGUCCUCUACCUUUUGUAUUGGUCUGUUUACACUGUAUUGUCUUUUUUCCAAUUGUACAGAGCUACAGAAUAUGUUGGCGCUUUAUGAAUGCCAGUAAUAAAUAAAUAAAGCACUUCCAGGUGCUGAAGCUACCAUCUUCCUGUGAUGCAACCUUCUUGCAUAAUUCUGUACAGUCAUAAUAAUUUGCAUUACAUGCCAAGGUGUGCCAAGAUAGCAUUGCAUUUGCAUGUAAAUUAAAUUGAGCAUGACCUAUGGCUAACUUUCAUUUAGCUUUUAGUCUGUGCAAUUACUAAAUUCCCUGUAAAGCCACUAUGGUAGUAAGCAGAGGCAUAACUAGAAACCACGGGGCCCCAGUACGAAAACUGCCCUUGGGCACCCCCAUACGUACUCCCCAUACACACAUGUACACAUACAGGCACAUACAUGUAGACACACACAUACAUACAGGCACAGACAUACACACACACACAUGCACUAACAGACACACACAUGCACUCAUAUACACACAUACACACACACAAUCACACACAAACUCACAGACACACACACUCACUCACAGAACAACACUCGCACACACACAAAUAAUUCAUAUUUUUAAAUUUGUCCACCCAGCCUCCCUACCUUUAGAGCUGGCUUGGAUCUGUCCCUGGGGUUCAGUGAGGCAGGCGGCUGUGUUCCUGGCAGAGGCGGCAAGGGAGCUGUGAUCUUCCUACUCUGCUCCCUUGCACCGCACGGGCCGUCUACUUAUGCCCGGAGCCAGAAUAUGACGUCAUAUUCCGGCUCCUGGCAUCAGCAAACAGCGUGCAAGGGAGCAGAGCAGGGAGAACACAGCUCGCUCGCCACCUCUGCCAGGAGAACAGUCUUCCACCGGGGGGGGGGGGGGGGGGCCAUUAGAUGGCCAGCAGAUCACCUCUUGGGCCCCCCUAUGACGGGAGGAACACGGGGGGGGCUGAAUCCCGGUCUCAAAGGAAGUGCUCGCUGAAUGAGUACUUCCUGACAGACCGCUUGGCCACGCUACAAACAGGCAGGAGGGGAGCAGCACAGCUCUACCCUCCUGUCAGACACCCAGGAGGUAUCCAGCGGUGGUAGGUACGCCACUAACAGUAAGGAAUUGCUUAGGUCCUGUCCCUGAGCUGCCCUAUUGAACCCUGCUAGAGUGUCAGAAUGUGAUCGCUAAGGAUAAGAUUCCUACGAUUACAUAAUACGCCACUGGUCCUUUAACAGACUAACCGCUGGGAAUCAAUCUGUUUGUCUGAAUUUAAAUUACUCACCCAGGGCUCUAAAAUUAUGGAAACGUUAUGUGAAAAUUCUUGUCCAAUGUAAUUUUUUUCAUUAAGAUAUGUAAUGAAAAUUAGUUUAACAUUUUUUUAGAGAAUGAAAGCCAUAAACAGAACCUCCUUGGCUAAACCCUGGGCUUUUUUUUACGGCCUACAUGGCCAAAACAUUAGCUGUAAGUUUGGUAAAGACACAUGCUGUGAGCCAGUAUCGCGUCUUUCUUUUCCAAGUGGGUUCUCCAGCCUAAAUAACAUCUCCUUAUUUUUUAUUAGAUUCAUUAUUUUAUGAUAUAUGAAAAUAGGCACACUCUAUGUGUCUUUUCUGGCCUAGUUAUUUCAUUAUUAUUUUUUUCUUGCUAGGGCGCAUAUUCCUCGUCUGUUUUUUAUUACAUAAAAUCGAUAUUCUACAUAACAGCCUUGGAACAGAAAUAUGACGACGCCAAGUGUGCAUAAAAAAAACUUUAUGUUUUGUCUAUUGGAUAAUAACGCAGGCAAGCACUUUUGCCAGGUCAACUCAAUUUCCAUGUUUCAUUUGUGGUUCAUUAAAGGAGAAAUCUAGAUUUAUAUUUAACCCCUUAAGGACACAUGACAUGUGUGACAUGUCAUGAUUCCCUUUUAUUCCAGAAGUUUGGUUUUUAAGGGGUUAAAGCAAACCUGGCACACAAAAGGCCCUUUAAUCAAACAAAAGAUUUGUAGAUUGUGUUGAAAAUAUUAAACAGAGUAUUUUAACCCAUCAGAGACAAGGGCUAUAUUGAGUCAAUGCACAAAAGUAAUUUUGUACUUUUACAUUGUGUUUCCAAAUCUUUUUGUUGCGAACAGCAAAAUAUCACAGCCAUAAAAAUCCUCCAUCUCAUUUUGUGAAGGUGUCUACUCUCUUUAAUAUAACAAACUUUCCAGGCAGGAAAUCCAUAUUGUUUUUACUGUACAUAAAAUGAUGACUGUUGUUAUAGGUGAAAUCACCUCUUCUCAAGUCUCAAUGGUUGAACUCUCUUUUGUAGAAUGUGGUAUUUUAAUGUAUGUUAAAGACAAAUAAUUGCUUCCGUUAUAUUUUAGUUUAAAGAAAAGAUCAGAUUUAUAAAAAUAAAAAAGGUAUCUAAAAGGUAAAAAUUGUGCUUAUUCCUUUGAUUGCUCACUAGUAGAAAAGUGUCUGCCAUUAGUGCAUCAUCUGAUAACUCUGGGUUACUGACUGUGGGCAUACACAGGACAUUCGGCUCAAGUCUCGUCUUUAAGAUUACACCCAGUAAGUUGAUUCUUUGCACCAAUUCUAUUGUACAUGCCUUAAUCUAGGCCAGAGAACCCAAAAGGUAGAUCCCUGUUAUUCUAAAGGUAUGCAAAGCAUCAUGGGAUUUGUAGUUCUACAACAUCUGAGGAUUUACCUUUUGGGCAGCCCUGAUCUAGGCUCGUACAUUGGCCACAUAGACAGGCGUUAUGAGUGGCAUUUUCAUGGUUAUUUGCUAAAGGUAAAAUUGUCAGGAAUUAAAAGUGAAUUCAAAACAAAUUUAAUGUCAAGGGAACCCAACUGUGAGCAUUGCUGACUUUGAGAUUUUUUUUCAGUUUGACUAUUUUGGCCUUAAAUUUGGAAUUCACUUUGAAUUUACAUGGAGUUCCCCAAAAAAGUCUUCCUUUAAUAAAUAACUCUGAUGCUCUCUCUCUGAAGUCACUAAUGCAGUUGUCACAAAUGCAGCAAUCUGUAAGGCAACUGAAAGGGAUAAGCAGAGUUGCAACUUGUGCACCUGGAUGCAGAAAUCUCUCUAAUCUUCAGAACUAGUCCGUUAGAGUCACAUAUUAAUGGUACCAGGCUGCAGUAGUUGUCAUGAGGAGUAUUUUCUAAAUCGUGCAAAUUUGGGUCAAAGGACCACUAUAGGCACCCAGACCACUUCAGCUCAAUGAAGUGGACUGGGUGCCAGGUCCCUCUAGGGUUAACCCUGCCUGCUGUAAACAUAGCAGUUUCAGAAAAACUGCUUUGUUUACUUAUGGGUUAAUCCAGCCUCUAGUGGCUGUCUCAUUGACAGCCACUAGAGGCGCUUCUGCGGUUCUCACUGUGAUUUUCACAGUGAGAAGAUGCCAGCGUUCAUAGGAAAGCAUUGAGAAUGCUUUCCUAUGGACUGACUGAAUGCACGCACGGCUCUUGCCCCGCAUACGCAUUCAACCGAUGAUGUCCAAAUGAGGAGGAGCAUCCCAAAGGAGCCCGGCGCUGGAGAAAGGUAAGUGUUUAACCUCUUCCUUCAACUUCAGCCCAGCGGGAGGGGGACCAUGAGGGUGGGGGGGACCUAUUAAUACUAAAGUACCAGGAAAACGAGUUAGUUUUCCUGGCACUAUAGUGGUCCUUUAAAUGCUGGCAAUGAUUGCAUGUUGCUGGUACUUGGUGGAAAAGAGUUUGAGGAACAUAAGGUUAGACAAGCGAUGCAUGCCUUUCCACAAUUCAGAGGAAGCCCAGAAUCAUUUUCUUUGGCCACAAGUGCUUGCUUUGAAUAUCAAUGGCUUUAUUUUGAUGUUAUAUUGUUUUGGUAAGUAAAGAUUUCAACCACCUGCAUGUGAAUAUAAAUCUCCCUAUCUCCACAUUAAAUAAUUGAAUGGAAUGAGCUAAGAAAAUAAGAUUGUGGAAUUGUCAUGCUUAAUUAGUUAGCUUUGCUAUAUGUUCUACAUUUUUUGCAUGAACCAACUGGGAGAUUUCAGAGGAACCUGGUUUAAGAUUCAAAAACUUCUUUGACUUCAGAUGGGGGUGAUCUAAGGACACAGAUCUAGCGAGAAUAAAAAACAGUUGCGUUUGCACGUGUCACCAUCCCCACCAAAGAAAUAGUUCUGUUCAUUCACACAUAUAAUGAAUUGUAUCUGUGGAAUUAUAACUCAUUUAGCAAUUCUUUUUGGCAUUGGCAUUAAAUAUAAAAAGCAAAAUUUUAUCGAUCGGAAAUGCGACUGCCCUGUUACAUAUGGCAUGUGGCAUAUUUGUAUUCCGUUUUUAGCAUUCUGAUCUCAGGGAGAGCCAUUCCAAUGUCCCAUUCAGCUAAGGAACCAUAGCAAGUGGAGCUGAAUAUUGCAAUGCCGCCAUCCAAAUGAUUUAAUACAUGGACCUCUUGGUCAAUUAUGUUGACAUUUAUUAUGCACGAGCUUUGUGAUUGAAGCAUUAUUUAAUAGUUUCUAAAAAAGAAUUGUUGGGAACAUUUUUACGGAAAGUCGUAUUCUUUUUAAGAGUCUUGAUUUGUUUAUAUUCAACAGACCGCACCUUUGGCAAAUAUGCAAACAGGGCAUGUUUGCCAAAAGUCAUACUGCAACCACCAACAGUCACUAUGAAGGCAUUUGGUUGAUCUGUGUGUGAUUUCUUUUUUUCUUUAUUUUGUUCAAUUUUCAUUAUAAGUCAUGAGUGUUCUACAUUAGUACCACUGGCACAGAGAAGAGGUUAUUUACGGAUAUUGUUUUAAUUUAAUAACGUUUGCCCAUGAUUUCAGGAAAAUAUGAAUAGUAUGGAGACCAGUCAAACUUAAACUUGCAGGGAUUGUGCAAAUACAGAUGGUAUUUGUAGGUAUGUGACCGAAGGUUCUAAAAAUACUUCUGUGGAUUUUGUGCCAUGAAAUGAUUAUUAAAUAUACACGCUCAGAAUAAAUGAGUCACGCUAAGAAACAAUAGGUUACACUCCAAUGCAAUGCUUAUCGCAGUCUAUUUGUGAUCAGUAUGGAAAUAAUUAGGACAGUUGCACAUAUACCUAACAUAUGCAUUCUUUAUAAGCAGCAAUAUCGAUAAUGGGUGAACUUUGUAGACUGGACAUAUCGUAUGAAUAUUCACAGUAUCUUAUCUGCAGUGGUAGAACAUUUGGUUAUCUGCUGAAGGUUCUUCUAAACUUUGUGUAGCUGCCAUCUUGCAUCAGAUGCAUACAAUGCUGAAUCACCAGUAGGUCUGAAGAUUUAAUAUGAAAGGGACACUAUAAUCACUAAAACAACUUGAGCUUAAUGAAGCAGUUUUGGUGUAUAGAUCAUGCCCCUGUAGCCUCACUGCUCAAUUCUCUGCCAUUUAGGAGUUGCCACUUUCUUUAUGCAGCCCUAGUCACACCUCCCUGCAUGUGACUUGCGCAGCCUUCCUAAACACUUCCUGAAAAGUGAGAUCUAAUGUUUACACUUCCUUUAUUGCACAGUCUGUUUAAUUUAGAAUUUCUUAUCACCUGCACAGUUAACAACCUUCUAAGCCAUACAGUAGCCUCCCAUGUGUUAUUACACUUGAAUUGACAGAGCAGGAGAUAAAAACUUCUAAAGUAAGUUAACAUCUAAUUGAAAAGUAAAUCUUUUUUUUUCAUGCAGGCUGUGUGCGUCACAGCCAGAGGAGGUGUGGCUGGGGCUGCAGGAACAGAAACAAAAGUGAUGUAAGUCCUAAAUGGCAGCGAAUUGAGCAGUGAGACUGCAGAGCCAUUAUCUACACACCAAAACUGCUUCAUUAAGCUAAAGUUGCUUUGGAAGAAUAGACAAAAGCAUCUAGGCUUUUUAGUUAGUUUUCUACUGCAGUUAUUAGUUCUAAAUUUCCUUUUUCCAGAUUCUAGUGGGGGGGAAAAAAAUCAGUUCUGACAUGCAAUAUAUUACAUUUAAAAAUUUGCAAAACAGUUCUUCUCCACUAUAAGUUACCUUCUACCUGUUCCAUUCCUGUACUACGUGGCAUUUUCUCGUACUAGUGACAGAUGUUUUUUGGGGGUUUUUUUAAUCAAAAAAUUGUAUAUACUAGUUUAAGAUCCAUUAGUUGACAAACCGCUACACCCAUGCCACAAUAAAAGGUCAAACUAGGUUAAAACAUGAGCAUGAUGAGACAGUUGACAGCUUUUCCAGUAGUUUAAAGGGAAUAUGGUAUCUUAAGUGUUCAAAUACUACGUGCAAAGUGACUUUAACAUGACACACAGGAGCUUUAAAAAUGUCUUUACUUGUAAUCGGCAGUUGGAACAUGUGUACAUACAUAAAAUAAGUUCACAGCUUCCAAUAAUGGAAGAUGGCUGAAAUAGAAAAUAUUUAUUAUCCCCAAAUCCCUUACAUGCCCCAAAGCUCUUUAUAAUUUUCCUUGAUUAUACUUCUCAUGCCAAUCCACAAACUGUAUUCGGACCAAUAAAUAGAGAAAGAAACAAAUGUGUAAGUAGAGUGAUAAUUAAUAAUAAAAGGAACUGUAUCAAAAGUCCAGCUGUAUGGGUGGAGGACACCAACUUGCAUGUUUAACCCCUUAAGGACCAAACUUCUGGAACAAAAGAGAAUCAUGACAUGUCACACAUGUCAUGUGUCCUUAAGGGGUUAAAGGUCAUUCCAUGGUGGAUUAACCCGUUUUUAAAUAAAUAAUAAGAUACAUACACAUAAUGGUGCAGUGUAAAUUCUAGGAUUCGUAAAGGAUUCUGGUGAUAUAUAAUCCACAAGGCCAAGGGUGAAGUGAUUUAUGGAUGUCUCUAGAAGCCCCAAUAAAUCCUGUAUUAUCACACUCCCAGGAAGUAGGUACCAUUCAGAUGUCUGCUGUCAUUUAUUCCCCCCUUGCUAAUAUAGAACAAUAUGUCUUCCUCUCCAAUGCCCCUCACCCAAUGUAUGAGUAUCAAAAAUGGGACACAAUUAAUGACAGCAUCUGAAAAGCCUUGCUGUUGCUUGGCAGUGUGAAUCCCAUCAACCCCAGGCCGCUCAGAACAGGUAUGCCCCGAUGCUGUGCUAAGAUUGAUUGAGCAUGUGGGCUUAUCGGCAACUCAGGAACCCUUGCACCUCAGAGGCUAAUUUCUCCCAUGCUUUUAAGUCUAACCACUUCCUGCAGCCUUCUAGUGCAUUAUAAUAUUCCGUGAUUUACGUGAACAGGCAUGGCUUGUUAAACAUUUAUUGUUCAUUUCUGGUAUCCUAGACGGUGACUUGAUUCAUUUCUAUGCUAUUAUUAUCUCUGACCUUGAUUUAUCUCCGACUUUUAUAACUGUUCACAGGUUAGUAUAUUCCCUCUGUCUAAGCUAGGGGUAAGCAACCCUUCAGCAACACUGUGCCAAAACAAGACUUUUAAAGCCUUUGACAUACCGGUUUAAAUUUUUUAUUCCUUAACUCAUGUUGCUGUUUGCUAUGUGUGUUAUAUAUGGGUGCUGUGGCUGCUUUGCAGACUUGUAUGAAUGCGUACGUGGGCUGUUAUAAUGUGUAUAUUAUAUGUGAGCGGUUUGUGGUAUUUGUAGUCACCCUCCACAUUCCCAGGGCACACAGUUACACGCUGCCAAACACAAUGUUAAAAACACACAAUCACACUGCUAAACAAAAGCCAAUUGCAAGACAUACAGUUACACAUUGCCUAUAAUAAUGCUCACUUCUACACCUACACCUUGACUAUGCUGUAGUUUGUAGCGACAAUAUUUUUUGCCUUCCAUUUAGCGGUAGGAAGACUGCUUCCUUCAUAGAAACAUAGAAUGUGACGGCAGAUAAGAACCAUUCAGCCCAUCUAGCCUGCCCAAUUUUCUAAAUACUUUAAUUAGUUCCUGGGCUUAUCUUAUAGUUAGGAUAGCCUUAUGCCUAUCCCACGCAUGCUUAAACUCAUUCACAGUGUUAACCUCUACCACUUCAGCUGGAAGGCUAUUCCAUGCAUCCACUACCCUCUCUGUAAAGUAAUAUUUGUUUAAACCUUUGCCCUCUAAUUUAAGACUAUGUCCUCUUGUUGUGGUAGUGUUUCAUUUUUAAAAAAAUAUAGUCUCUUCCUUUACUGUGUUGAUUCCCUUUAUGUAUUUGUUUCUAUUCAUUUAAUGUUUCUAUCAUAUCCCCCCUUUGGGUCCAGUGGAGAUAGGGUUGGCCAGGAACAUGGCAUAUGGCAGGUGCCUCAGGAGGCUGCUCUUUUUCAGCAUCUUUCCUUCACAAUCGCUGUCAGGAAGUGAUCUGAAUUCACUUUCUCCCCAGCGCUGCCAUGAAUGAACUGAGGGGUGCUUCUCACCGCUGUCUGCAAUCUCCAUUAGCACUGAAGAAGUCCUACUGGGACCUCUGUCAGGCCAAUUUCAUGAUGAGAUCAUUGGAUCUCCCUAAACUAUUUUGGUCUGGCAGCCAUGGAUGUGUGCCAUAGAUUUCUGACCCCUGGGCUAGACACCAAGUUUAGCAGGUGAUACACUGCUUUACUAUUUCUCUCUCCUCAUAUAGGGAGUAGAAUUAGACUUAAGUUUUUCAUGCAAUGGUAAGCACAAUGCUUGAUACCUUACCUUGUUGUCUCACACCGUGUAAUGCAGGAUGCAGGAUUUAAAAAUAACAGGUACAUCACAUUAGAUAUCAUCACGUCAUCACAUUACACAUUAUUAUUAUUAUUAUUAUUAUUAUAAACUUGUGUGGUGCCCUGCUCCAGUACAUCUUCACAGUUUCUGAAACCAUUUCUGAGAUAAGACUCACAUCCAAGAACACAAGAACAUAGAUUUACAAUGUCAGUUCGGUCCUGUGAUAGCCUUUAGUGUUGACUCUUAGGGGAAGAUUUAAAUUGGCAAGUAUGACAUAUCUGACUAUAUAAAAAAUUAAUGCUCUCAUCAGUAAGUGGAUCCAUGGAAAUUGGGGAAACUUUUUCAAAUCAUUUUUUAAACUUGCUGUGUAUAAGUGGCAAACCUACUCUUCCUUUGUUGUUGAUUAAUUGGCUUAUCUUGAGUAACCAUUGAGGGAAAAUAAAGUCAUAGAUUGUCUGCACUUUUCCCAAUAUACUGACUGGCAUUUUUGCGCAGAAUCGAGAUCUGGCGAAUACAUACAGCAGUGAAUAUGGCAGCGUCUCGUAGGAGCCUCCAGCAAGUGCGAGAAAUUAUUACCUCAGCUCAUGAAGACUGCACCCCUGCUCAAAAACUGCAAUUCUACGAUCGCUGGGCCCAGGAAUAUGAGGAGGUGAUAAAAUAAACAAUGUAUAUAGCAAAGAGUUUUCUUAUUUGGCAGACAUUAAUAGUCAACAGUAGGUCUGUCUAGCUCAUGAUCUAGUCAGCUAAAUAAGGUAAGCAGUAUUUAUUUCAUACUUGUGUCUACAGGUGGAUGUGUGGAAGUGAAGGGUUAACAGUAGUAGUAGUAGUAGGAGGGCAAAUACAAAAUUGUAUAUAUUAUUUAUAUAAAUACACUAGCAUCUAUGGCAGGGUUAGAAAGCCUUCAGCACUCCAGAUAUUGUGGACUACAUCUCCCAUGAUGCUCUUAUAGCCGUAAUGCUACGGAUCGUAAUGCAACGCAUCGUGGGAGGUGCAGUCCUAAACAUCUGGAGUGCCUGAAGGAUGCCUAUCCCUGAUCUAUGAUAAAAAUUAAAAUCCAGCGCACUCCCUUAUCUACUAAACAGCAACUUUGGUGCUGACAGAUUUUCUUAAUUUUUCGUUUUAAAACACCUAAUCUAGGCAAAAAAUAAUGGGGGUUUUGUUACAUUAUAUGAUCAUACAUUGCAUAAGCCUGCCACAACCUCAAUGUGCCCUAUCUUUGACAGGUCAUACUCUAACAGCCAAAUGUCUGCUAAAUGAGCUACUCACUUGGGGACAAAAUUCCAUCUCAAGUUCUCCGCAGUAAAAGGCUAAAUAGGGCCCUGGGAUGAGGCACCUGUGACAGGGAGGGGUGCAAGGGGUGAUCUAUGGUCAUCCUAUCAAUAUAAUUUUAAUUAUUGCUUAUACUGGGACAUUUGCAUUGCAUAUGUGAUUUUUGCCACUGUGACCCCUACAAAAACAGCUAUGGCUGUGAUUUUCUGUUUAAGGAUGUGUCUGUAUUGGAAUACAAUGCCCCCCGUCUUGUUGCAGCUGUGCUAGCCUCGAGGUGCAUCUCUAAUCGAGAGUCAAAACUGGUAUUGGAUGUAGCUUGUGGCACUGGACUAGUAGCUCAGGAGGUAAGAACAUCAUUCUAUGUGGUAAAAGCUGACAACGACUAAAGUGCUAUUUCACAGCUAGACAUAAAUGCUUGCAUGAUUUGGCGGGGGGGGGGGGGGGGGGUUCCUCUGCAUUUUACUUAAUAAAUUGUUCUCCAAUAUACCUCCUUCGUAGUCCAACUAUAAUGCUAGUGGGAAAUUCAAAAUACUGAAUUUUGGAUCCCACUUAAUAGUCCAUUACUCUAAUUUUCACUUAUGUUUUUAAAGUUUAUUACUAUUUUUUAAUUACUAUUUAAUAAAACGUAAUCACUUGUUUAAAUGAUUUGUAUUGAUUUGUAGCUAACUGAGCAGUCAUGUUGGGUAUGAUUCCAGUUAUCCGACUAAUUGCUGCUCAACCUAACUUUCCUGCUGCUGCAGGUUCACACAGAGCAAUCACAGCAGCAGGCAAGUUAGCUUGAGCAAUAGCUGGUCAGAUAACAGUAGACCCUGGCCCAACAUGGCUGCUCAACCAGAUUUUAAAAAAGUGACAUUUUCUCAAAGUAACCAAUACACACUAUUUAAAAAAAAAUCAUGAACAUAACAAAAUAUACUUAAACCAUCACAGAAACAGGUAUUUUAAAUGGUCAUGGUAGUAGGUGUCCAUUUUGUUAAUUGUGUGCUGGAGGCUAGUUGCACCCCCAGCACAUGUGACUUCAGCAGCCAGAGCUCCCGGCAAUAAUGUCAAUUCUGUGCAUAAAAAUGUUUUGGUGUCAGUGAACACAGCAUGCUGGCAACAGACACAUAAAUCUUCUCCCUUGCAAGCAGAGUGCCUACAAGGGAAAGAUUGCUUUCCCUUCCCUUUCUUCCUCCCCGACUCCCUCCACUACUUGAAUGUUUUUGUUUUUAUUUUUAAAUAAAGAUCUCCCUCCCCUUUGCCCCUGGCUCAGAUUGUGUGAAUGCACUCUGAGCGGGAAAAACAGUCCAGUCACGGGAUCCUCUAUGAGAAUCCUGUGAUUGGACCACGCAACUGCCAGUUUCACGUUCCCUUUCUCUUCCAGUUGCUGCGUUGUGGAUUUCGCUUGUUCCAUGGCCUGGAUGGCAGUGCCAGAAUGCUGGAAAUGGCUGAGACCAAAAAACUCUACCAAGAGCUAAAGCAGUGCAUGCUGGGGCAGGGGCCACUUCCUUCAACAUCUGGUAAAAAAAUACGCUUGUUUAACUCCUAUAUCAAAUCAAAGAGUUAGCGUUCGUUAGAGUCGCUCCCAAGUUCCUACUUAAACUGUUUUUUUUUUUUUUUUUUUACUUCAGAGGAACAAGAUUUGGUGUAAAUCACUGGAUUUACCAUGAAUUUGAAAUUGGAUAUCAAAAGUAAUAAUGGGAUAAAUUGCAUCAGUCGCACCAAAUAUGCACAUCUGAUUCUGAACAACCUUUGUGCCUAUAUCCCAUACAAAAUGUAAGAUUCAGAAUUUACCCAACACAUUCAAAUGACCAAAUUCUCUCCAAUGUGUUCCAGUAGGAGGCGCAUUUACAAAAUAAUAAUAAAUACCCACCACCAUUUCUUUCACCGACUGUCAGUUUCAACUGCCAGGAGCCAUAUUAUGCUCUCCUACACAUGGACAAGAGAGAAAUAAAGAGGUCUAUAACAAUGGGAGAUCUGGUGAGACCACAGGAUAUUCAUUAGAUCUUCUUAAGCAAUUCAUUAGAUCUUCUUAAGGUGACAUAGGCAUUUUUUGCUUGCUGCACAGGUACAUAGUCUCAACAAUUUAUGAAACACUCUAAAGUUACAGUGUUGCUUAAAUCCUCUGAUAGCUCAUCUGAACACUUGUAUCUGUCUUGUAGUUAUGUUUUUAUUUGUUUCAUGUGUGGCACAGUGUUAAAUGCUUUGCUCUGAUCUAGAUAAGUCAUCUUGCUUUCUAGGCUAAAUAAAGUCACCCAGCAUUUUUCUUUACAAAAAAUGAAUAUAAUUGUAGUGGAGCUCCCUGUACCACGGCUGGGUACAUCCACCAGAGGGGUUGCUUCCUAGCUGGGACCCAGGGAAACGGAUAGGGGGAACUAGCUCUCUUAGUCCUUCCAAGGACUUUCCCCGUUGCAUCUCCCUGAAAGCUGGAACAGCAGACACAGGGGUUAAAUCUUCCUUCCCUCCAGUAACCGGACGACACACAGUUCUGGAGGUUAAAACACUAAACUCACUUUAUUUGGAACACACAACCCCCUGAGUGACUAAAGCUCAGUUGAGAGCAGGUUGGACGAUCCCGACACGGGGACCGGAGAGAGUGUGCGCACGCCAGUUCGGGAUACGAAUGCUGCCCCUAAUUUGGCGUUCGAUUACACGAACCAGCGGCCACCCAGGGGAAGAACGUGCCGCUUGUUUACGAGGUGUGAACUUACUAUACUAACAUUCUAAGUGAGGUGUCUGGGUGGUCCCCGUUCAGGAGCUGAACAGAACCCGUUCGUAUGAGCUCUCCCGAACAGGGAGCAGGUAAAAUACACAAAUGCAUCACAAUUACAUAUAGAUACAUGGGGAAACACAGAGUACAAGGGAACAUCGUUGGAAUAAGCAUUGAGGACACUAAUUACAAGGGCAAAACAUAUGAAUAUUCUGUGGGCAUGGUACUUAGUGUCGGUGUCCCGCUACAAUAAUGAUACUUGGGAAAAAAAAGGUUAAUAAUGUGAGAUCUUUGUUUUCAGAUUUUUACGAUGUAGUCAUUAUUGUGGGAGCACUGAGUGAUGGGCAGGUCCCUGUAUCUGUUAUCCAUGAACUUCUACGUGUAACUAAACCAGGUGGGUGAGACCAAUUCAGCUACAUUUAUUUAUGAAAUAGAAGCUAUAGUGGGGAAAAAACCCCUCUAUUUAAAUACAAAGCAAACUCACCAGCAGGACUGAGUCUACCAUGAGCAUGGGAUAAGUAGAGCAAUAAAUAGUUCACCUAUCUUCAUUCCAGUACCCUAUCAAGGGUGAUGAGCCUUUUUUCGUGUGUUUGUGAGUUUUCUACUUUUUACUCACUGGGGGGUGGUCCAUGUUACAGUAUUAUGCUAUGUAUUAUUUAUGAUUGUUUUCAGAUUCCUACAUACAUCAGUAGAAUAUCCUAUAUCUACUAUAUUUCUUUUUAGGUGUAUUUUGUUUUUCCCAUAUUCUUUGUUUGCAUAGUUUGGGUGUUGUGCGGCACACCAGGGAUUUCACUUUUUCACAUACUAUUUGCAUUUUAUUUUGUCUCACAUAUUAGUGUUUAUAUAUUAUUUUUCUAUUCUGUUUAAUAGUUCACCUCCUGCAGAAGUUCAACUCGUCAUAUGAAAUAUCUGUAGCUGCUUUAUAAAGUGUACUGAGUGUGCGGUACACUUAGAAAAUUGUACUUCUGGUAUACCAUACAUGUUAUUGUAUAUCUUUGGGUUUAAGAUUGAUGACUCAGUUUGACGUUGUAGCGGAGAUCUAGUAUUCCACAAAUUAUCUCCGCUUAAGAUCCCAUGGAGGCUCAGGAACAAGUAGUUAUAAAUCCAUAAAGCAAGGUUUCCAGCAGGUAAAACAAUAAAGUAAUAUCCCAACAGCAAUCCCAAUAACUGGACGACACACAGCAUCAGGAGCAGAACUAAACUUUUAUUUCCACAGUGGCCUUAUAAAGCAUACUCCCAUGCAAGGGAGGGAUUUCCAUUAAUUAUUACAGUAUCCAAUCCUGUUCUGGUAACCUCCCACACAUCUCCUCCCCUCAGCCUGACUCAUAAUCACCUUAUACAGUACACAAAUUCCCCCAGUUUCUGUAUGUACCUCUAAAUCUAGGGGUACCCCUUUAAAUGGCACAUCCCCUGGUAGCCCUGAUCUGGGUGAGCAACAUAUCCAAAAAUCACCCAGAUCGGACCAGGGGUUCAGGAAAUUUGUGGAGGUAAUGAAAAGACCGACCGCGCUGGAGAGAACAGCCGAAUUGUGUUCCAUGCGAUAAGGCCCUGCGGUCGGUCACAGUAUAAGGGAACAAACUGCACGAAAGGCUAAGGUUACAGAGAUCAGGGGGGUUCGCAUGAAUCCCCUCGUUCGGUUGUUUCUUUCUACCGAACGAGGGGCCGUUCGGUAGUUUGGAAGCGAACGUAUCGUGCAUAUGGAGGUCUCAGCGGUGUUUGUGUAGCCGAGUGUCCGAUUUGGGUUCCAGACACUCGACGGCAAAACACCGCUGUUCGGGAGUUUUAAAAUGGCCGCCACCACGUGUUCGUUAUCCGAAUGGCGGCCACCCCCGAGAACAAAGGACCCACUGCGCAGCUUCUCAAUUACCUGUUCGCAACAUUGUUGCAACGAGUAAUUGAAGGCACACUUCAAACAGGGGAGGUCUGACUGUUCGGUAGUUUCAUUCCUUUAGUUGCUAGAAUGAUUCUACCGAACAAUCAGACGAAUACAACCUAUUUUUACACAUAUAACCCUGCAAUUUAAACAAAUACAUUUAAACAUAUGCAAUUCCCAGGAAAGCCCUGUGCCAUCCGCUACAGCCGUGGAUACUUGAAUUGCAAAAUGCAUAAACAAAGUACAUAUAUGAAAAUCUGAUUAUAUAUCUGAUAAUAUAAUUAGCCACAUAUUGAACACUAACAUAAAUUAAAAUAUGCUCUAUUUUGGUGUCCUAAAAAAAAUAAAUCUAUUUUCAAUUUAUAUGACUAGUGCUAGUGUAGCAGAGGAUACCCAAAAGAGUACAAAUGAAGCUCAGUGUACUUAUAAUGAGAUAAACGUACAAGCAGUUAAUAAGUUAAUACUAGAUAAAGGGAUGGUGCUGUCAUUUUUUGGUUCUUUGCAUUUUCUUGUAUAGUGCCCUCUCCCCUACCCCCAAGGUGGCAUGCCGACUUACAAGGUGAUGCCCUGGGGGAUAGGGGAAAGUGGAUAUACUUAGAUUAACCCCUUAAGGACACAUGACAUGUGUGACAUGUAAUGAUUCCCUUUUAUUCCAGAAGUUUGGUCCUUAAGGGGUUAAACUCUUUCUCCUCUGCCAUCUUCUUUGUCAGGAUCUUCAUCUCUUGGCGGUUUCAUUUCACAUUAUUAUGUCACAGAUAUACUAUCCAUACUAUCACACAUGUCAACAUGUAGGAUCUGCCACAGAGGAUCAUGCGCAUGAAUAAUGAGAUAAUAUAGCAUACCGCAUCAACCAUCUCCAUAAAAUUGGGGUCACUCACAUUUGAAAGUGUGAGAUUGUUAAAUGCUAGUGUCAAGUCAAUGUCUUAUCUUCAUAGUCUCUAUUUCUCUUCUGGUUGAAAAUGUCUGUCUUUAGCAAGUAAUAAAAAUAAUAAAAAUAAGUCGGAUGUAUUGGCAGCGAGAAUUUUUUUUCUGCUAUUUGCACUGUUAGCACGGUUUGCACUGUUAGCCUCUUAUUUUGCCAUCUUGUUUUCACAAAAGCUUUUCUUUUUUUUAACUAUUGCCUCUAGCUAUAAUAUUUGACUUAUGCCUCAGAGUCAAUUCAGUCAUUCAUUUUUCCAAGGUUGAUCAAAAAGAGUGCCAUUAAGUUGGGUAAUAAUAAUAUCUAGACUUCACAAGAUACAAGUGAAAAGUAAAAUACAAAUUUCCUGUUAAAUAGCUUGGUAUUCUUAUUUGCAGCAUUAAUAUACAUUAAUACAAUGAGUUUUUUGUUUUUUUUAAAGUAUAAGUAAAAUUUCUGUUUGUCUGCUAGGGGGUCUUCUGUGUCUCACGACUCGCAGUAAUACAUCUAACCUUCAGUACAAGGCUGAGCUAGAGCAUGAGCUCGCAGCAUUACAAAGCUCGGGACUGUGUGACUGUAUCACUAUUCAGAACAUUGAAAAGUGGGAAAAGGCCACCUCCGAACAGGAAGUCCAAGGAGAAUCUGACUACAUCUCAGGUGUCAUCUAUCUGUACAAAAAAAUGGAAACCAUCUCUUAAACAGAUAAAUGGAUGAAAACACCUUUUCUGAAAUGUUUCAUUUUUUGUGUUUUAAAUGUUUUAAUAUAAUUUGUUUUAUUUAGAAAUACCCACACUGACAAAGAAUUAUUGUCAAAACCAAUUUAUUUUCUAUGCUGCAAAUAACGGAAAUGCAAGGAAAGAAAUUAAAGGGAAAUGAUGUUAGGGAGGAAGCUCCAACUAUAAUGCUAUUACAGAGACGAUACCUGCAAAGAAUUAUCGCCACUGUGUGCAUUUUGAAGGGAAGAUUAUAUUUUUCUUUUAGCAUCUUUUGCAAAAUGGUCUUGCUUCAGACUUGUAUUUCCCACUUUCCAGUAAAUGUGUAAACUUAACUUAACAUGGAGCUCUCAUUUGUCUUCCCUAAUCCCGCUAUAGGGUUGCCAGUAUUUACAGGUACAUCUGGUAUUUUAGGCUGUCUGGCCAGUGGUGAUUUUGACUCUGAAAUUGGUGUGUUCAGUCUGAGGGAGUCUUAUCUCUGCAUGGCCCCGACCCCACAAAAUUAAAGUGGCUCUGUGACCCUAUACUUAAAUUACUUCAAUCUGUUCCUCUUCUCUUCCUUAAGGGAUUCUCUAGUGCCAGGAAAACAAACCUGUUUUCCUGGCACUGUAGAAUCCUGGAGUGCCUGCCUCCCGCUGAUGUCCCUCUGUGCUGGGUCAGGCUCCGCCCCACUGACAUCCGCCGGCGGGGGAGACCUUAUGCGCAUGCACAUUGGUCCUCCCCAUAAGAAAGCAUUAUUCAAUUCCUAUGGUGAUUCCGGC